AGGAGGAGGCGAUGGGGGGAGAGCCCCUAGAGGAGGAGGAGGUGGGGGGAGAGGCAACCGGGGCAAAAAACUCCGGGCCGUGUCUGAAAUAGGAGGGUCUUCUUCGAUGCCCUCCUAUACAGAGGCACCUUCUGAGUCUGAGGAGGAGGAGUAUGUUCCUGAUGGCGAGGAGGAGGAGGCCGAGGAGGAGGGUGAGGAGGAGGAGGCCGAGGAGGAGGGUGAGGAGGAGGCCGAGGAGGGUGGAGGGGAGGUUGAUCCCGCGUUGUGGGGUGACUUGCCACCGGGUUCUUCGCAGGGGUGGCUGCGUGGUAAUGCCGGACUACCUACACCACCUUCUAUCGAGGAGCACAAGUGGCUCAUUGAACCUGUGGGGACAGAAAACUGGAUCCUUCACGGAAAGGGCCGUAAACCGAACGGCCUUAUCACUGUCCUGUUGAAGGAGUUUUGGCCUGGCCUAUUCUGCCCGCGGCCAGACAGGGACCCGCAGCAGCGGGUUUUGGCCACGAGCUGGGCCCACUACGAGGCUUGCAGCAACGCGGAGUACGGGACGACCGCUAAGGCCGUGAUCACCAAAUUUUGGCAACUCUAUAGAGUUCUUGACGAGCACAAGGCCAGAGCCGACGUGGUCUUGCUUGCGGCUGCGAAGAAGAAAGCUCGUCAGUUGCAGUACGAGGUGCGCUGGGUUGCCGUCUCGCAGUACUACCACUACUACCUGCACCAAAAGAUGCCCAAAACUCAAGCGCAGAAGCUACGACUUACCUUGAGCAAGGAGCAGUUCAUGAUGGUUGUUCCUCGUUGGUGCUAUGGAAGGCAUGACGGAUGGGCGAGUUUGGUGGAUAGGUGGCUCGGCGCCGAUGCAGAGUUUGCUGCCAAGAGCAUCAAGGCCCGGGCUAACCGUGGAGACGACGGGACACACGGCCAAGGAAACAGGAACCACUGGGGCUUCAAGGCCAUGAAGGAGGACAAGUUGAAGAGGCCGCUCUCAGACAUGGAGUCGUGGAAGCUGGCCUGCAAGCGGAGUCAUCGCAAGGAGGGCGAGAGCCAGUACUACGGCAAGACCGAGGAGCACCUGGGGUCUUACAUUCAUCACUAUCAGGAGUUGCAUCCGGAUGUUCCUGUUGCUGAGGUCGCCCAGUCUCAGAUCGACGACACGACGGUGGUGGCCAUCCAGGGGAAGAAGAAUGGCCGUUAG